UCUUGCAACGCGCGUGGCGUGCAUUUGCUGCGACGGCUGCGCACAUACACACACACAAACACGCGUGGGGGAGGGGAGGGGGCCGGGCAGAGCCUCCAGCGCAGGGCGAUCCUCCCCGGAGCGAGCGCCAAGCGGCCCCCGGGCGCAGCUCGCCAAGCGCAAAGACGCGCCGAGCCGGGCCGUAAGCGCAUGGCCACGCCGGGAGCCGGGGCGCCCGGAGGUCCGCGGGCAGCCCUGGAAGACCCCGGCCCGCCGCCCCAGCCGCCUCCCGGGGGACCCCAACCCGCGGGGAACCCCCAGGCCCCUGGAGAGCCUCUGGCCGCGGCCCCCGCGCCGCUCCCCGCGCCCCAGCCUUGCGCCGCGCCCGAGCCCAAGUUCCUGCCGCCCCAGGCGCAGCCCGCGACCCCCGCCGCCCCGCCCGGCCCGGGCCUGGAGGACUAUUCGUUCUUGCCCCUGGUGCGCGACAUUAUCAAAUGCAUGAAUAAAGACAGCCAGGAGGUCCACCAGUUGCUGAACGAGCUGAGGACUAAAUUUGUGGAGACCCACAAACUGAUCAAAAGCAUCCAAGGGAUCAGCCUGAGCCCCGAACAGCAGCAGCAGCAGCUGCACAACCUCCGGGAACAAGUCAAAACCAAGAACAAACUCCUGCAGAAAUAUAAGACUCUGUGCAUGUUUGAAAUCCCCAAGGAGUAACGGAGGAGACAUCGCUCGCUCUGCAAACCGGGCAGUCCCUCUGAAGUGACCUUGGCCAGACAUGGGGCCCUGGAAGGGGCGUGGACUUCAACUCCCAGAAUUCUGACCGGGGCUGGGGAAUUCUGGGAGUUGAAGUCCAUGCCUCUUAAAGGGACCACAUUUGAAAUAGAAGGGGUGAUGGCCUUGAAACAGAACGUCAUGGAUGUUCUGGUGUGCAAUUAGUGAGCUCAAUAGGAUGUGAUUGUGCAAAACUCACUUUUACCUGGUGGGAAGUGGGGGUGGGGGUGUCUGUGGGCCGGUUCCUUUGCAAUUGCCAGAGUGUGCCACUUCAUCAGAAAGAGGGUUUCACCUUGGCUGCUCCCUGCAUUAAAAGCGAGAAAAAUUCAAACCCCAAAAUCGGGGAAUGAAAUUUCACGUUUAGCUUUCUACUUGCUAAAAAGUUGAUUUAUUGCGGUUUUUAUUCCCUGCUCUUCCUAGUUAACGCCUUUCACCCCUCCAGCCCCCUGUUUGACACCUCCCCGCUCUGUGGGUGAGAAGUGGUAUGUUCCAGGUGGAACUGUCCCACCCAGUCUUCAUGUAUGGCUGAUCUCAGAAUUUUUAAAGGGGAAGGGACCACUUUAUUGAGUGGGAGGGACGGUCGGUCUGUGAAUCCCGUUUUUCUUUCUUUU